AUGUCUCUGGGAUACCGCAAUUGUGUUGGUGUGGAUUGUAAUGGCAGUCGGGGUGGUUUGUGGGCUGCAUGGGAUGAUUGUCAACAUAUUACUAGUGUUGGCGCCGCUGAUCGGUAUUUGUUGUUACAUAUUUUUGAUGUGGUAAUGGGUGAUUGGUAUUUAUUUCUCGUGUAUGGGCAUCCGGCGUUAUCAGAAAGGAUGAAAUUUUGGCAGGAGCUGGGGCAGAAGAUACAAGGAUGUGCACGACCGGUAGCACUAAUUGGGGAUUUUAAUCAAGUGCGAAGUGUGGAGGACAAAUGGAGCCCAAAGUUCACAACAAUUCGAGGUGAGAGUUCUUUUAAUGAUCUUAUUUUUGAAAACAGAUUAAUUGAUCUUCCAAACCAAGGGGUGUGGUAUACAUGGUGCAACAAUUGCUCUGAUUCGAAUAUUAUUUAUGAACGGCUGGACCGAGUGUUGGUGUCUUCAGAUUGGUUUGAAAAAUUUCCUAAUGCGUCACUUAUGGUUCUGCCAAUUCAACGCUCGGAUCAUAGCCCAUUGGUUUUUGAUACGGACAUGGUGGUUCAACCAAAAAGGCGCAUAAAAUGUUUUGAGGCUAUCUGGUUAAUGGAUGACACUUUGAAGCAUAUUGUUCCCCGUGCAUGGCAUGUGUUAACUUCGGGUUCUAGCCAAUUUGCGGUUUGUCGGAAACAGAAUAUUGUAUUUAAUCACCUCCGAAAUUGGAGCCGUUUGUCGUACCGAAGUUUGCAAGGACAGAUUAAUGAGACACGGCAGCUAUUAUAA